AUGGCCGCCGCCAUGGUUGCCUCCGAAUCCUCCCUCAGCAGCCGUGUUUCCUUGAUCUCCCUCGACCCGGCGGUUGCUAGUCACAUUACUGGCACUACCAGGACUACCACCGUCCCUUCUGCUUCGCAGUAUGGGUCGAGUCCGAGAAAAAGUACCAAAACGCCUGACACCGACGUCUCCCGCACCCACAAUCGAAACAAUUCUGCUCCCAGUAUUUCAGACAGGAAGGCACCGGCAUCGCUCAGGCGCGUCAAGGAUAGUACAGAGGUCUUGAGACAGCGCUCAACGAAAUCAUCUAAAAAGCCCAAGCAGUCGCUGGAGACGGUCCCAGACAAUGUCCAUGGUCGCAACUUCACUGUUGGCAAUGUAGGGACUGGUGGGAUCCUCUACCUGACGCCAUCAACGCAUCAAACAAGCAAUGCAUCUCCACACUCUGUUGCCUCACCAGUACAUUCACCCUCAACAGCACCAGCUAUUCUGAGCAAUGGCGAACAACGAUCCCUGGUGAAUGAAAAGGUCUCAACCACCCGAUCAGUAACCUCUUCUCAUUCGCAGCAGACAAACUCUUCAAAACGGUCUGUUAGACGUUCACCUAGGCCCAGGGUCUUCUCGAGCCACGGUCGGUCACAGUCCUUCUCUACCAUUGAAGAACAUCGCCAAUCAUUGCUGGCUCCACAGUCGCGGACACUGAGGAUCGUUAUCAAUCGCCCCGAGACCGCAAGACCAAAGACAUCACAAGAAUCCACUGAAGAAAUGGCUCUAGAAUUUCAUCCCACCCUAGAAGUUCCUAUUCCACAUUAUCGUAUCGGUACAUUCCGCCUCAGUUCCAAUGGAACUCCAAUGCUGAGGGGGUCCUCAUUCACCAGGGGAUCUAUCACUCCCUCGGAUGUCACGCCUACUCAAGCUAUUAUGCAGGCAGAGGGAUUCUUUGCAGCACCCCCGCCUGCUAGCAUCAAAGCCUUCGCAAAACUGGAAGCAACAGAGAUGAGCGGCGGAGAGGAGGCGGCGGCCGCACAACCUCCCAUGCCAUUACUCGCCAAGGCAUCAUCUACCUCGACGUCCAGUGUGUCCAGCAUCAUCCAACCACAAGUUUUUGACCGGUUGACCGAAAUGUAUGAUGACCCCUCAGUUGUCCGUUAUUGCCAGAACGUGAGGGAAAUCACCGCGGCCACACCUGCUCGGAUCAUCGCCCAGAUAUCGUCAGACUCUUUCAUGGACUAUGAGCUGGUCUCCGAUUUUUUCCUGACGUUUCGGUCUUAUAUGUCGACUUAUCAAGUGCUUGAUCUUCUCCUUGCGAGGUUAAGGUGGGCCAUAGGUCGCUUAGAAGACGACGGCAGGAUCAUCCGCGUACGCACGUUUGCCGCCCUUCGUCAUUGGAUCCUGAAUUAUUUCAUGGAUGACUUUUUUGUUGAUCACCGCCUUCGGGUACGUUUUUGUAACGAGGUCAACAGACUGUACAACGACGUCAGGGCAAAUCCAGCGAAUGGGUUCAGCGACCUCAAACUCCUGCGCGACUUGAAGCGUUGCUGGAAUGGGCGAUGCUCGUUAUGCUGGGGUGCUGAGAAUUUCGAUCUGGACGGUGAACAGGAAGAAGACAUUCAGCCCGGGGGAGUGGAUGAGACUGACCGUACCCCAAGGCAAGGGACCGUCGCUCAUCCUGCUCAAGCACAGCAUGCACCCUCUCAGACCGCAGUCUCACGAAAGCCGCAACAAAGUUGGUUCGAAGCAGAUACUGCCGUUAGGCCAAGCCAUGAUCGCCAAACAUCGGGAAAUUCUGGUCUACUGAGCGAUGGCAGCGUGCAAGCAACCUCUUGUUUUGUUCCCAAGCACCUUCUACGCCCUAGCGGUAGUGGCAGUGAAAGUCACUCGAAAGCUCCUCAUCCGGUCUCUGUUCAAUUAAGGCGAAAGAACGCACCCGCGAACUUGCACGUAGUCACUCAACUCCUGCCAGCUCAAAAGGUCAUUGGCCACAAGAGAGGAGCAAGCUCAAUCGAUAGCAACAGAGAGCCAACCCCUCGCAAAAUGCAAGCCGAACCUCCCGUGCAGGUCGUGGAAGAUGGAAGCAUUAUUCGAGGGCUUCUUUACAGCCCAAGCACUCCUUUCGUUCAGAUUGUGUCUUCGCAGUCCACGCAAUCUCUCGACAGACAAGAAAUGGGGGGCCCCAGAGGACCUAGAAAGGAGCAUGGUACACACUCUGCGGCUCAACCUGUUGCAAGGAAUAUCUUUGGUUCGUUACGAAAGGUUCUCGGGAGUAAACAUGGUCAUAUCGAUAUGACCCUGAUCACAGUUGCUCCGUCUGCCCAAGAUGGUCCGGUACGUGGUCAAACGGCACAUUUGCCUCUUAAUGUUUCUAAAUCUCAUGACGAGCUACGAAACAAGCUUGGAACGGUUGUUCCUAGAAAGGGCGAAAUGCGUAUCGAUCUUCUCUCGGCCGCGGCAUGUCAGAACUACGAGACAAGAUUUCCUUCGAAACAUCGAAUCAGUUACGCCCCAUUCUUUGCCAUUAAUCGUCCUCUUCAGCCAGCCGCUUCAGCUGAGGAUGAACAGGAGCCACAGCGAAUGCCAAGUCAUGCCACUCGUCAAAGUGGCUCAAUUUUAAUAGUUGACGAUACGCGUCCAGAUUUCCCUUCGAUGUCUGGCGCGCUUCCAGUCCCAGACAUCGACUUUGAUUACGGGGAGACUGCUCCUUUACCUCUGCUCAGUGUGCCUGCUGCCACACUACUGGAUGAUCGAAGAGCAAGUCUUGAUGGUGUUGCAACACAAAGGAGUUCGAACGUCCUUCCACAUGAUAUAGAUCUGCCACCAGCACAAGAACACAGGAGCAGUUUGGAACUGGUCACAAGAGACCUCAUCGAACCCGAUGCUGUGUUCGAUGUCCAGGCUGAGUUCCCGGUUGCGGUUGAUACAGCACAUUCUCCUACGACGGCCAGCUCCAGAACCGUUCGGGAGGAGAUCAAGCCAGUCGAUACUUUCGCGGAUGCAGAUUUUGUCAUUGAAUCUGAAGAAGCCUCUGUCCCAGAAUCCAUGCAGAACGGACACAUCAAUGCGCAACACUCGAAUCCCGAGACACGACUCCCGCCGCAAACCCUCAGACGGAGGCCAGGAGGAGACCUGCGUCGAGUGGAAAACGUGCAGGAAUUGGAUCAUACAUUUCACCAUGCUUCACUGGAUACUGCGAGCGUCAUCUCUGAAUCAACUCAUGGAUCAUUACUUAUCAUGAAAACGGAUACUGUCCAGCGUAUCGCUUCGGUAGAGGUCCCGCCACCGAAAAAACCCAUAUCUCUGAUCAAUACUCACUCGUCCCAGCACCUUCGGCCUUCCUUCGAGGCUGCUAUCGCUGGCUUUUCUGCCAUUCCCGAUGACGAGGAUGGCGGACUCGAAGCAACCCUGAUGAAGCUUGAGGGCCGGUACGAGAAGAGAUCACCACCAAUGGAACAGAAUCCGCUGGACACUGCUGCAAGGAGACGAUCCCUACCAGAGCUGAGUCGGAUGUCUCAGCCAGGAGCUAGUAAUUCGGUACCGACCACCGAUCAUCCGGUGCCAGCUCCUGCUCUCACCAGCGCCAUUCGCACGACAGUGGAUGAAGUCGCCUCGGAGCAGUCUGGGGACGAACCUCUUACUCCAGAGCCUCUGGUGGUGGAACUGAAGCCGACGUCCUCUCGUCGAUCUUCCAUCUUCGGCCUUCCCACGGAAAGUGUGGCCGAUUCUGACGAGUCUUAUGGAUCUCUGCCAUUAUUGAAACGGGAAGCAGGCCAUGAGAGCACCGCUGAGGCUCUGCCCAUGAAACCAAACGCAGACUUGCCUAUGGUUGCACCGGGGUAUUUUCCACAAGAUCCUCCUCAACUAUUCCAUCUACCCAAGGGACCUCCACCGAGCGGACUCAAGCACAGGACAAGUAUUCCACGACCAGAGACUGCCAACGACAGUGCACGGUCCUUCCUUCUAGAUGAAGAUGAGAACCUCUCAGACCUUUCUUCAGAGAUAUCUGUGGACAUCAUCAAUUAUUCUGAAGCCGCGGGUCGUUCUAUCUCGCCCAUGCUUGCCGCCCCUGGAACAGCUAUAUCUGGGCUGGAGAUACCAGCACACCCGUUGACCUAUGCCUCGGUGGUGAACUUGCGCAUCCCUACUCCACUAGAACGAGCCUCGGAUCCCAUGCCACAGAGCAAGACAGCGCAAACGACUCAGCGCCAGAACAAAGAUCAGCCGACCACCGAGCAAAGAAACAUAUCAUUCACACAGCCAUUGGCACGUCUCCCCGCAGGUCCGGCGCAUAUGCCUUUCAUCCUCGCUUGCGACUCGCAAGUUCUUGCGCAACAAAUGACACUGAUAGAAAAGUCUGCACUGUCCGAAGUCGAAUGGUCCGACCUGGUCGAGAUGCGGUGGAGCAGCAAGACAGAUGACGUUCUAGAUUGGGUCGAGUGUGUGUGCAACGGAAACGUGCGAGGCAUUGACCUAGUCAGCACGCGGUUUAACCUAGUUGUCAAAUGGACCUUGUCCGAAAUUGUUCUGACACAGGACAUUCAUGAAAGAGCACGAGUCAUCACCAAAUACAUCCAUGUCGCGGCACACGCUCGCCGACUGCACAACUACGCCACAAUGCUGCAACUCACGCUUGCGCUGACCUCGACCGACUGUACGCGACUCGCAAGAACCUGGGAGUUGGUGUCAAGCUCGGACAAGUCGUUGUUGAAACAUAUGGAAGUACUCGCGCAACCGUUGCGUAAUUUCCACGAUCUGAGGGUGGAGAUGGAAUCAUCCGAUCUCAGCGGCGGCUGCAUCCCAUUUCUAGGAUUGUAUAUUCGUGACUUGACAUAUAAUGCACAAAAGCCCUCUCAUGUUGCAAGUACUCGCGGGAACGAGUCGCUUGUCAACUUUGAACGUUAUAGGAGCACGGCUAUCAUUGUCAAAGGUCUUCUACGCCUAAUUGAUGCCAGUUCCAGGUACACCUUUGAACCAGUCCAGGGAAUCGUUGAGCGGUGUCUCUGGCUGGCCGCUCUCGGCGAUGAGCGGAUACGCAGCGCAAGCAAGACAUUGGAAAACUAA